AUGUCUUCUCUAGAUGGAAACGAAUCAAGUCAAGAACCGGACUCAGAACCCCAAGUUCCAUCCGACAGGCAGACAAACACCUCAGUCAACGCCCAUGGCCUAAUCGUGGCUGAUGAGUUCAACAGUCCGACCACUCCGGUUUUUCCAAAUGACUGUCUUCUCACUUACAUAAAGGAUGAAAGUAGUGAGUUUGGUAGUGAUUCCGACAUGACCUCUCUUUCUUCGAGCGUUCUGGAAUAUGAAUAUGAAAAUGGUCGGCGAUAUAUGGCUAACUCAGAUAGGAUGCCAAAUGACGAAGAGGAACAAGAUCGAAUGGACUUGCAAUCAAGAUGGCUGAUGUUGAUGAAAGGAGAGUUACACAAAGCUCCAGUCUCAAAUCCCCAAAAGAUCCUCGAUCUUGGAACAGGCACUGGCAUCUGGGCUCUUGAUAUGGCCGAGAAGUUCCCCAGCGCCAAGGUAAUCGGAAAUGAUAUCAGCGCCAUCCAACCAACCUGGGUCAUCCCGAACGUGGAGUUCAUCGUCGAAGACUUCGAAACCGAAUGGCUCUACCCGAAAAACAAUUUCGACUUCAUCCAUGCGCGUCUACUAGCCGGGUGCGUAGCGGACUGGUCUGAGUUCUUCGGACGAAUCUUCGACCACUUAAAACCAGGCGGCUACUUCGAGAUUCAAGAAAGUGCCGUCUGGGCCUGGAGUGACGACGGAACCCUCAAGCCCGACUCGCCACUCGUUCAGUACCUGCAAGCCCUGAACGCGGCAGGACGGGCAAUGGGACGAGAAUUGAACAUUUAUCAGAAACUGAAAGAGUGGAUGGUUAAUGCGGGAUUUGAAGAUGUGCAGCAGUAUACGUAUCUUUUGCCGUACUCGCCUUGGCCGCGUGAUCCUUAUCUCAAGGAGAUUGGGAAAUAUCAGGCUGUUAUGGUGCAGCAGGCUGUGGAGUCUUAUGGGUUGAGGCUUUGUACGCAGGUUCUUGGUUGGGGUGCGGAGCCUUCGCGGAUUUUUCAGGCUAUGGUCAAGAAACAGUUGAGGGAUAAGCAUUUACAUGCUUAUGUUAAAGAGGUCGUUGUAUAUGGUCGGAAGCCUUUCCAUCGACGGUGA